GCUCAUAUUACUGCGAUAUGAAAUUCUAAACCGUAGUUUGCAUCCAGUAAAAGGUAAACAGAGCCAUUGUCAGCACCCGCCGCAGCGGUGACAGUCGGGACAACGUUUAGUCCGUCGGGAGGAUGCUGACGUCAGCGGGAGAGCGAGCAGAACACCGGCAGCGCUGCGAACACGCGUGGAGGCCUCAGCGAAGACAGAGAAUCAGCUCAGAAGCAGAGCAGCGGUCGGGGCCGGUUGGGCCGACUCCUUCUUCUUUAUCUUCUUGCUCUUCUUCCCUCUACCUCUUCUCUACCACUCUCCUCUACCACUCUCCUCCCUCUUCACCACCAUCUCUCCACCUCUCUACACAAUGGCAGACCUCGAGGCUCAGGCCCAGUCCGACGACUACUCUCACCUCAGAGACGUCGACCAGACCCACCUCGCCGCCCUCUCCCACACCCUCUCCUCCCGCUCCGCAGACCGCGCAGACCGCGAUCUCUCCCCCGACGACUUCCAGCUCGAGUCCGUCCUCCGCCGCCGCCUCCACGCCAGCGCACAGUCCGGCAUCCUCGACCGCGCCGUCGGCGUCCUCUUCCGCGACCUCUCCGUCCGCGGCAUCGACAUGGCCACCACCUCGCUCUUCACCCUCGGCGAGAUCCUCAUGACCCCCUUCCGCAUCCGCGAGAAGAUCGCCGGCGUACGCAACCGCCAGCUGCGCUUCCUGAUCCAGCACACAAACGGCCUCGUCAACAAAGGCGAGAUGCUCCUCGUCCUCGGCCGUCCCGGCGCUGGCUGCUCGACCUUCCUCCGCACAAUCGCGGGCGAGGUCGAGUCCUACGUCGACGUCGACGGGACGCUGCUCUACGACGGCAUCGACCAGCAGACAAUGAAAGCUCGGUUCCGCGGCGACCUGCUUUAUUCCGCUGAAACCGACGAACACUUCCCGACGCUCAACGUCGACCAGACGCUCUCCUUCGCAGCUGACAUCAAAGCCCCCCAGCUCAGGCCCGGCGCCGUCUCCCGCAAGCAGUAUGUCGCCGACGUGCGCGACACCCUCGCCACCGUCUUUGGCCUCACGCACACCUUCCACACCCCCGUCGGCGACGACUACGUCCGCGGCGUCUCCGGCGGCGAGCGCAAGCGCGUCUCGCUCGCUGAGGUCCUCGCCGGUCGCGCGCAGCUCGUGUGCUGGGAUAACUCUACGAGGGGGCUGGAUGCCUCGACUGCGCUGGAAUACACGCACACCAUCCGCACGACGACGAAUUUGCUCAAGAAUACUGCCAUCGUGGCAAUCUACCAGGCGGGCGAAAACAUCUACCGGCUCUUUGACAAGGUCACCGUCUUGUAUCUCGGGCGGCAGGUCUACUUUGGCCCCGUUGCCGAGGCUCGAGCUUACUUUGAGCGCAUGGGAUACUACUGUCCUCCCCGUCAGACCACCGCUGAAUUCCUGACUGCCGUCACUGAUCCCGCCGGCCGCUUCCUGCGCUCGGACGCGCCCAAAGACGUGCCCGUCACCGCCGACCAAUUCGAAGCCUACUGGCACAACUCGCCCGAAUACCAGCGCGUCGUCGCAGAGGUCGAGCAAGCCAUCAGCGCCUGCAACCCCGACGAGAACCUCAAGCUCCUCAACGAGUCUGCCUCGCAGGAGCGCGCGGGAUUCGCCAAGCGUCAUGAUUCGCCUUAUGUGCUUUCCUUUGCGCAGCAGCUUCGCGUACUUAUCCGUCGCGGGUUCGAACGCCAGAAAGGAGACCGCGCGUACAUGAUUGCAAACGUGUUUGCUUCCAUCUUCCAGUCUCUAAUCACCGGCUCGCUCUUCUACAACAUCCCCCACACCUACGCCGGAUCAUUCUCCCGCGGCGGUGUACUCUUCUUCUCUGUCCUCUUCUUCACGCUCAACUCGCUCGCAGAGAUGGCCGUGCUUUAUCCCCAGCGCAAGAUCGUCGACAAGCAGCGCCGGUACGCGUUCUACCAUCCCGGCGCUGAAGCACUCGCCUACAUGAUCACCGCGAUGCCCGUCAAGAUGGUCUCUGUCACAAUCUUCACUCUCAUCCUCUACUUCAUGACGAACCUCAAUCGCACGCCCGGACAGUUUUUCUUCCUCUACCUGAUUGUCAAUGUCACGACCUUCACCAUGACUGCUUUUUUCCAGAUGAUUGCGUCGUACACGCCCUCGCUCGAGGCGGCUAAUGCCGUCGCGGGACUGUUUUUGAUGAUGGUCUUUAUCUACGCGGGAUACCUGAUCCCCCGGCCGUUCAUGAAAGUGUGGUUCGGGUGGCUUUCGCGGGCGAAUCCGCUCGCGUACGCCUUUGAGUCGCUGAUGGCCUCUGAAUUUCACGGAUCAGAGUACAGCUGCACUGAAGUUCUGAUUCCUCAAGGAAGUGCCGCGUACGAUGCCAUACCCCUCGCCAACAAGGUCUGCGCGGCCACCGGCUCGCGACCGGGUCGGGACUAUAUCCUUGGCGACGACUACAUCGGCGACGCGUUCGAGUACAAGUGGUCGCAUGCGUGGCGCAACUUUGGCCUGCUGAUUGUGUUUGCGAUCGGGUUUGUCGUUCUGUACGCGAUCGGAUGCGAGAUCCGGAAGCCGAGCGGCACUCAAGGCGACGUGUUGAUCUUCAAGCGCGGGCAUGUGCCUGAAGAGGAAGAACUCAAGCGCCGGCAGCAGCAGGGCGGGAACGCGGAUCUUGACGGGCGCGCGGCGGCGGUGGUCGAGGUCGAGAGCGAGAGCGAGAAACCGGGCUUGUCUGACUCGUCUGAUUCGGGCUCAAAGACCGCCGUGGCACUCGACGAGGAGGCGAUGCUCGGCAAGCUGCCAUCGAGAGUGAACAGCACGCUGCAGAUGAACGAGAUCUUCUCGUGGCAGAACGUCAACUACACCGUCACGCUCGACGACGGCGAGAAGCGGCAGCUGCUGUGCGACGUGCAGGGAUAUACAAAACCCGGCACGCUGACGGCGUUGAUGGGCGAGUCUGGCGCGGGCAAGACGACGCUGCUCAACACGCUUGCGCAGCGAAUCGACGUCGGCGUGAUCUCGGGCGGCAUGCUGGUGGACGGCAAGGCGUUGAACGCGGGGUUCAAGCGGCGCACGGGAUACGUGCAGCAGCAGGACAUGCACGUUGCCGAGUCGACUGUGCGCGAGUCUUUGCGGUUUGCGGCGCUGCUGCGGCAGCCCGCGACGGUGCCGAUCGCGGAGAAGUACGAGUACGUCGAGACCGUGAUUGAGAUGCUCGGCAUGGAAGCCUACGCGGAAGCGAUUGUCGGAUCUCCCGGCAGCGGGCUGAAUGUCGAGCAGCGCAAGAAGCUGUCGAUUGGGGUUGAGCUUGCGUCGAAGCCGUCGCUGUUGCUGUUUCUGGACGAGCCCACGUCCGGGCUGGAUUCGCAGUCGGCGUGGGCGGUUGUGCAGCUGCUGCGCAAGCUGGCGAACGCGGGCCAGUCGAUCCUGUGCACGAUCCAUCAGCCGUCUGCGACGCUGUUUGAGCAGUUUGACAAGCUCCUGUUGCUGAAGAAGGGAGGCCAGACCGUGUACUUUGGCGAGAUUGGCGAUAACUCGCGUAAGGUGAUUGAGUACUUUGAAGGGCAGGGCGCGCCCAAGUGCGGGUCCGAGGAGAACCCGGCUGAGUAUAUCCUGAACUGCAUCGGAGCUGGCGCGACCGCGGUCGUCGAUCGCAACUGGUACGAGGUUUGGCAGCGGUCGACAAACUACGAGGCGCUAACGCGAGAGAUUGCGGAGCUGCACGCGGAGCUGAGUCAACUGCCAGCCAAAGAAGUUGGCAAGGAGUUCACGGGCAAGUUUGCGGUUCCGUGGACGACGCAGGCGCUGGCGGUGGUGAUUCGCACGUACCAGACGUACUGGCGGUCGCCGAGCUACCUGAUGGCCAAACUGAUGCUUCUCAUCACCGGCGGCCUCUUUGUCGGCUUUUCGUUCUGGCAUAACGAGUUUUCGGUGCAGGGCGUGCAGAAUCUGAUUUUCGGAGUGUUUCUGCCGAUCGUGCUGGCGGCGCCGUUGAUUAAUCAGUUGCAGCCGCGGGCGAUCGAGAUCAGAGAGCUGUACGAUGUGCGCGAGGCGGCGUCGAAUACCUAUCACUGGAGCGCGCUGCAGCUGUCGAUGCUGCUGGUCGAGAUCCCGUACAAUAUCUUGUUCACGACGGUGUUUUACUGCUGCUACUAUUUCCCUGCAGACUACUUCCGCGAGGCGUCGCGGGCGGGAUACUUUUACUUUAGCUACGCGAUCCUCUACACGAGCUUCUGGACGACGUUUGGGCUUGCAAUCACGACGUUUGUGCCGGAUGCGGCGACGGCGAAUAUCGCGACGUCGGUGUUUUUCAGUAUGAUUUUGUCGUUUGCGGGGUUCUUUCAGCCGCCGAGCAUGUUUCCUGGGUUUUGGGUGUUUAUGUAUAGGAUUUCGCCUCAUACGUAUUUUCUGCAAUCGCUGCUUGGGACGGUGCUGCACGGGGGAAAGAUUACAUGCAAAGAGAAUGAAUUCAACAUCUUCACGCCGCCGGGCUCGAUGACCUGCUACGAGUACGCGGGCGAGUUCACGGAGCAAGCGGGCGGGUACCUGAACAACCCGAACGCGACGUCGAACUGCGAGUUUUGCAAGUGGCAGGUGGCGGACCAGUACCUCGAGACCGUCGGGGUGAAUUACGGGCAGCGAUGGCGCAACGUGGGGAUUGAGAUCGGGUUUGUGCUGUUUAAUGUGUUUUUCAUGUUUGCUGGGUUCUAUCUGUUUAGGGUGAUGAAGUGGAGGCGGCCGGGGUUCUUGAGGAGGGAGAAGAAGGAGGAGGAGAAGAAGGUUGAGGUGUAGAGUAGCUGUAAUGUGUAAUACUGAAUAUAAACUGUUAUAAAGAUGU